UCCAAUUGCAGCACAGGAGAGCUUGGUUCGUAAAGUGAAUUUUGGGUGGUGUCAGGCAAAGGUCGUUGGAUUGUUGCUGCAACAGGUUGGGAGGAAACAAGAACGCGAAAAUGAAUUUCCUUCUGGAGUCGCUUGUCACCUUGUUCCUGUCGCUGUACUACAUAUUAGAAGCGCUAGUACUGCUAGUGGUGCCGGUGCGCAGGAAGAAUGUGAGUGGGGAGAUUGUACUUGUGAGCGGAGCUGGUAGUGGUGUCGGGCGUUAUGUAGCGCUCGAGUUCGCCCGCCUGCACGCCACACUUGUACUCUGGGAUAUCAAUGAGGAGGGCAACAAGGAGACUGCCCGACAGGCCCGAGAGAAAGGAGCUUCUAGAGUGUACAGCUACAUUUGUGACUGCAGCAAAAAAUCAUCGGUGUAUGAAGUAGCCGACAAGGUAAAAAGAGAGGUUGGAGAUGUCAGUAUUCUAAUAAACAAUGCAGGCAUUGUAACUGGAAAGAAAUUCAUUGAAUCAUCAGAUGACUUGCUGGAGAAAACUAUGGAAGUGAACAGUCUUGCACAUUUUUGGACUUACAAAGCUUUCCUGCCUGCUAUGAUAGCCAGCAACCAUGGCCAUCUGGUUAGCAUUGCCAGCACGGCAGGACUGUUUCCAGUCAAUGGAUUGGCGGAUUAUUGUUCAAGCAAGUCUGCAGCAAUUGGUUUUGCAGAGUCUGUUGCACUAGAAUUACUAGCAUCUGGAAAAAACGGUAUAAAGACUACUAUCGUUUGCCCGUACUUCAUAAACACAGGAAUGUUUGAUGGCUGUAAAACUAAGUGGCCACACCUCCUUCCUAUUUUGGAUCAGAAUUAUGCUGCCAGAAAGAUUACGGAUGCCAUUUUACGGGAUGAAGUACUACUUGUGAUGCCACGAAGUCUAUACUUUAUGCUUGCAAUUAAGAAUUUGCUUCCUGUGAAACUUGGAAUUCUACUUGGACACUACUUUGGUGUUUUCAACGUUAUGGAUAACUUCAAAGGUCGAGUUAAAAAGGAUUGACUUGACCUGCAGGAUCAAUAAAGUGAAAGUUGUGGAAGUAAUUGCAUUAUAUUAUACAUUUAAUUGAUGCAAAUUUGUGAUUGAGGUAUUGGUAUCAGGUUGCAAUAUUAUUUACAUUCCAUAUUUACCUUCUAGUGAUAAUUUUAAGCUUGUGAAAAAUCUAAUAGAAACAGGAAAUAGGUGCAAGAGUAGGCCAUUUGGCCCUUUUAGCCUGCACUAACAUUCAUUACAAUCAUGGCUGAUUAUGUAAUUUAAGUAUCCCACUCCCGCUUUCUCUUCGUACCCCUUGAUCCCCGGCUGCAAGGGCCACAUCUACCUUCCUCUUGAAUCUACAUAUUUAACAGCUUUCUGUGGUAUAGAAUUCCACAGAUUUGCAACUGAGUGAAGAAGUUUUUCAUCAUCUCAGUCCUGAAUGAUUUACCCCUAGCCCUGGACUUCCCAACAUUGGGAACAUUCUAUCCACAUCCAGCCUGUCCAGUCCCAUGAGGAUUUUGUGUUUCUAAUGAGAUCCCCCUGCCCGGCAUUCUUCUUAAUUCCAGUGGGUACAAGCCCAGCCGAAUCAGUCUCUCAUUUCAGUCCUGUUAUCUCAGAAAUCACUCUGGUGAAUGUUGACUGAACUCCCUCAAUAGUAAAAAUAUCCUUCCUCAGAGUAGGAGGCCAAAAUUGCACACAAUACUCGAGGUAUAACUGCAGCAUGGCAUUAGCUUUCCUCACUGUCAGUUGCACCUGCGUGCCAACCAUGACAUCCAGGUCUCGUUGCAACUCACCUUUUCCGAAACUGCCACCACUCAAGUAAUAAUUUUGCCUUCCUCUGUUUGUCACUGCAGUGGAUAACCCCUCACUUAUCCAUAUUAUAUUACAUUUACCAAGCAUUACCCCAUUCAGCCAGUCUGCCCAAUUCACCCUGUGGCCUCUGAGCAUCCUUCUCACAGCACACACUGCAACCAGCUUAGUAUUAUCUGCAACUCCAGUGAUAUUAUAUUCAAUUCCUUCAUCCAAAUUGAUAAUGUGUAUUGUGAACAGCUGGUGUCCCAACACUGAACCCUAUGGUAUCCCACUUGUCAGGGCUUACCACCCCAAAGAUGACCCAUUUAUUCCAACUCUGCUUUCUGUCAGCCAACCAGUUCACUGCUGACAUCAGCACAUUAACUCCAGUACCAUGAGCUUCAAUCUCUUAUGUGGGAACUUGCCAGAAGCCUUUUGAAAGUCCAGAUACACAUCUACCAAUUCACCCUUGUCCACUCGACAGGUAACAUUCUCAAAAUAUUCCAGAAGAUUUGUCAAGCACAAUUUUUCUUUAUUGAAUUUCUGUUGACUUGGACCAAUUGUGUCACUGCUUUCCAAAUGCUCAGUUAAUACAUGCUUAAUAUUUGACUCCAACAUUUUCCCCCUGCUGGUUUCAGGCUAAUCAGCCUAUAAUUUCCCAUUUACUCUCUCCCUUUUUUAAAUGGUGGGGUUGCAUUAGUGACUGUCCCGUCCAUUGGAACUCUUCCAGAGUCUAUAGAAUGCUGGAAAAUGAUCACCAAUGCACCCAGUAAUUCCAGGGCCACUUUCAUACUACUUGGCGAUGCAGAGCAUCAGACCGGGGUUCUCGCUGGGUUUUAAUCCCAUCAAUUUCCCCAGUACUAUUUCCUAACUAAUAACGAUUUCCUUCAGUUCGUCCCUGAUGCUUGACCCUCAGUCCCCUAGCAUUUCUGGGAAGGUUGUUUGUGUCCUCCUCAAUGAAGGCCAGUCCGACUGGUCUGCCAUCUCUUAAUUGUGCAUUAUGAUUUCGCCUGAUUCUAACAGUAAGGGACCUACAUUUGUCUCCAGUUUUUUUUCCUCUUCACAUAUCUAUUAGAAGCUUUGCAGUCAGUUUUUGUUUUCUGCAAAAUUACUUUUGUAUUCUGUUUUCCCUUUCCAAAUUAAAUGCUUUGUCCUCAUCUGGUGAACUUCAAAUUUCUCCCAGUUCUUGGGUUUGCUGCUUUGUUUGGCCAAUUUAUAUGCCUCCUCUUUGAUUUUAACACUAGCCCUGAUUUCCCUUGUUAUCCAUGGUUGAGCCAUCUUCUCUGUUUACUUGCCCCAGAAAGGGAUGUAGAAUUGUUGAACUUUAUCCAUGUGUUCUUUAAAUGUCUGCCAUUACCUGACCAUAAUCAAACCUCACUUAAGAAUCCUUGGCCAGCUUAGCUUAGCCAACGCAUGCCUCAUACCAUCAAAGUUAGCUUUCUUUAAGUUCAGGACCCAAAUCUCUGAUUUAAUUGUGUCACUCUCCAUCUUAAUGAAGAAUUUGACCUUGUUACAUAGUAACUCUUCCCCAAAGGAUCUUGCACUACAAGGUUGCUAAUUAAUCCUCUCUCAAUAUGCAAUACCCAGUCUAGGAUGACCUGCUCUCUAGUUGGUUUCUUGACAUAUUAGUCAAGGGAUCCACCUUAUGCACAUUGCAGGAAAUCCUCCUUCAUAGCAUUGCUGCCAGCUUGGUUAGUCAAAUCAAUAAGCAGAUUGAAGUCACCCACAAUAACUGCUGCAGCCUUACUGUAUGCACCUCUAAUUUCCAGUUUGAUACCACCCCCAACCUCUCGACUACUGUUUAGUUGUCUGUACAUAACUCCCACUAAAUUAUAUUUUCUCCAUUUGGUGUUCUGCAGUUCCACCCAUACAGAUGCCACAUCAUUCAGGCUAAUAGUCUUCCCUUAUUAUUGUGUUAUUCUUCUCCUUAACCAGCAACUGAAUAACUUCUCCCCCCCUUCCCCCACCCCCACCCCGAGACUACUAACUAUUCUUCCUAACUGGUCUAAAUUCUACUGGAACACCAUUCAAAAAAAACACAAGCUCCUCUUAUAUGAAUUCAAUUAAUAAGGCAACAAUAAAUUAAAACUUAAAUCUCUCCAAGGUAGCACAGUCUAUGGCUUCUUCCCUUUAUCUCUAAUCUUCCUUCUGUUGCUUACGUCACAAAUGCCUUUCUUCUGAUGAUUCUGCUAUCUUGGAUGUUUUUCUCUUUAAUUUCUUCAGUGAGGACUUUCAGCUAAAAUGCUGUGGUAUCUUUGAGUCUUUUCAGAGAUCUCAUUCUUGAGAGAGCCAGAUUUGCAUGUCGGAUGGCAGCAGGCUGUCCCUGAUUUUCAAAUGCCUUCAUCUUUAUACUGGUGACAACAUAACAGUACUUCUUAUGUAAGAUUGGUUUCAGGUUGUUGAUGCAAUCUAUUUUUAAAUUCAGUUGGCUUUUAAUAUCUAGGGGCCUGGUAUAAACUGAUUGAUUGUCUAGAUUUGAAAAGACUUGUUGUCUUGGUUAAAAAUGCUGCAUCGGCUGUUCGAUACAAAGUGUUUAAUUCGGGCACUGUCUCUGCACAGUACUUGUAAACUUCUAAGCACAGACAAAGCACAAUCUCUUAAAGGGAUCAGGUGCACUGUUGCCCCACUAUCAUUUUUUACCAACUGUUCUAACUUACUGCCUUCCAAUUCAUGAAUAUUCUACCCAACUUCAUAACACCAUUCUUUUUGCCAUAUUAAUUUAAACCCUCCCCAAUAGCACCAGCAAACACUUCUCCCCAGGAGAUAGUAGGAACUGCCAAGCUGGAGAAUCUGAGAUAACGCAAUGUGAAACUGGAUGAACACAGCAGGCCAAGCAAUAUCAGAGGAGCAGGAAAGAUUGACGUUUUGGGUUGGGACCCUGCUUCAGAAAAUAUUUUCUGAAGCAGGGUCCCAACACGAAACGUCAAACUUCUCCCCAGGAUAUUGGUUCCAGUCUGCAGGGAAAUAAAUUUUUAUGUCUGGUUUAUACUGGUCCCACCUCCCCCAGAACCGGUUCCAAUGUCCCAGGAAUUUGAAUCCCUCCCUCUUGCACCAUCCCAUGUAUUUAGCUAUCCUGCUGUUGCUACUCUGUCUAGCACAUAGAGCUCGUAGCAAUCUCAAGAUUACUGCCUUUGAGGUUCUACCUUUUUAGUUUAACUAACUAAUUCUUUUAAAUUUCAAUUAUAGGACCACAACCUAUUCUUUUACCUAUAAUGUUGGUACCUAUAUGCACCACAACAGCUGGCUGUUCACCCUCCCCCUCCAGAACAUAAUGCAGCACUUUGAAACAUCCUUGAACCUUGCAGAGAAACACCAUAUCAUCCUGGACUCUCAUUUGCAGCCCCAGAAAUGCCUAUAUAUUCCCCUUCCAAUUGUAUCCCCUAUCAUUAUAGCUCCGUCACUUUUUUUCCCCCCUCCCCUCCUGUGCAGCAGAGCCAGCCACUGUGCCAUGAACCUGGCUGUUGGCCCACCAGGGGAGGUGGCAUCUCCCCAACAAUAUCCAAAACAACAGGGGACUUCUGCACUGCCUUGCUAAUUUUCCUUUGUCUGGUGGUUACCACUCCCUGCCAUCUUCAUUUUUAUCUGUGAUAUGGCCAACUUAGAACAUGCUAUUCACAAUUCCCUCAGUCUUGCAAAUGCAUCGCAGUGAAUCCAGCCACAGCUCCAAAUAGUCAAACAGGAGCUGCAGCUAGAUGUGCUUCCUUGCACAUGAAAGAGUCAGGGACGUUAGAAGGGUCCCUGAAUUCCCUACAUCACACGAGAAGCAUGAUUCAACUCAGGUUAAUCUAACAACAACAGCAGCAAAGCCAAGAGAAAAAGAAAGCUACUUACUUGUCCCCAGGCAAGCACUCACCUGCAAGCUGACGUCACAGUUCAAUUUCCUUCUACUCCUUUGCCGUCAUGCCUUCAGGGCAACUGCAGUAGUUAGCUUCUCCACUGACAACCUUACCUCAUUGCCGAUCACUAUUCACCCAAACCCUAAACUUCAGCCUCUGACAGCACUCAACUCACAAAACAGCCUCUUGAAAAUGGCCUCUGCACUAUGGCUUGCCUUUCUUUUAUUCACUCCUGGACGGUGACUGAGCCAACUCUUCCCAGAAUCGUCGUCAGGUCACUUCUCAGCAGCACCCUCUGUUAAUGUUUUUAUUCCAGGUAAAGAAGGAUGAUGUUAUGCUAGAGAUGCAUAUUCAAGUCAACAGACUGUGUAUGAUGUGCUAAUUGUAAUAACCUUGGAAAUUUUUAAAAUAAACUUGACAGUACUUUUGAAAAAGCAA